CAUACCCAACGGUCGAUUAUUGUUGUUCUAGUCCGUUACGUGCAUUUCUUAUGGGCCUUUGAAAAGCUGUCCUUACUGUAUAAUAUUCUGUGCCUCGGCCUCAACCGUCAUUUAAUUUAAACCAGAGAACACAUUUAAACUAUGACGUCCUGUGCUAUGACCCUUCUCUUUCUUUGGUAAUAAUUUUGUGAAACGAGAACAAUCACCCACUUAUCCGCCUCGAAUUGUAUUUUUCAAAAAAUCACGUCCUUUUUGACUUAAAAAGUUAGGUUAGAAUUCUGGUCAGAUGGUCAAAAUUUCUAAACUGACACUCUUUGACGAUUAUCUCUGGAGAUUUAGGCAAGCAAAAUGUUGUAUACUUUGGAGUAUACUGAAUCUCUUCGAACAUGGAGAAGAUCUUCAUGGAAAAACGUCCACAACUGUAAACUGUGUCCCUAUUUUACAACAUCGCUUUUCUUAAUGGUCAACCACGUGCGACGGCACCGUUCAUCACAGAAAAAAUAUACGUGCGAAAAGGCGGAAAUUGAAGUGUAUUAUUGUAAAGACUGCGAUUUUAAAACGGAACUAACGAUUUUGUUCAAACAACACAUUAAUAAAAAUCACGGUGUUAAAGUCGAAUCUAGAGACGAUUUAUCACUGCAGGAUUUCAGUGUGCAGAAGUACGUUUGCGAAAAGUGCGAUUUUGAAACAAAUCUGUCGUUGAAGUGGCUUCAACAUGCUUCAGAAUGCACGGGAAAAAAAGAAAAUCUCAAAAGUGUGAGUUCUGUGAAAGAGAAUAUGACAGAUAUUUUCUAUUUCAAGAAAAUUGAUGGAGAAGGUUGGUAUUGCUGUGCGCUAUGUUCCUACACAGUUAGAAAUGAAGCUAUUUUAAAAUGCCAUAUGGAAAAACAUUUAAACAAACGAUAUGCGUGUCAUAAGUGUCCAUUAAAAUACGAAUCGAAAAGAACUUUAAGAAAUCACAUAAAACGAAACCACUUAGAUGAACAUGAUCUUGAAUGGCACAGAUGUGAAAAAUGUCCUUACAAAUCUGUAAUAAAAAGUAAUUUAACUAGGCACAUAAACAACUUACACUUGAAAGAAGAAGAAGGUAUAUGGUACCAAUGCAGUGAGUGUCCAUAUAAAUGUAGGACGAAAUCUUAUUUACAGACUCACGUGACUUUAAAACAUCUAAAUGAAGAAAAAAUUACGUGGUAUAAAUGCGAACAGUGCGAAUUUAAAAGUAAGCAUAAAUCAUCUUUAAAAAAUCACAUAAAUAUCCAUUUAAAGAAACAAAACGGGAAUGGGCAUAAGUGUGAAAAUACUGAAGAAUGCAAUCAGUGUCUGUUCAACAAAAAUAAGCGCUAUGAAUGUAAAUAUUGCCCAUUCAAAACUAAAUGGGGGUCCAAUUUAAAGAAACAUGUAAUUACUCUACAUUUGGAUGAUAAAGAAGCUAAAUGGCACCAAUGUGACAAAUGUCCAUACAGAUGCAAAUUUAUUUCAGAAUUAAAUAAACACAGAGAUGUUAAUCAUUCAGAAGAACCAAAAUGGUAUGAAUGUGCCAAGUGUUCGUAUAAAACGAAAGUAAAAAGCAGUUUAAUACAGCAUGUACAGGUUCAUUUUGAUACUAAACCAUAUAAGUGCAAAUAUUGUCCAUAUAAAGCGAGACGUGCUCCUAAUUUAAACACUCAUAUAACUCACCGCCACACAAAUCAGAUCAAUCCCGACGGUACGGAUGUUAAAUGGUACGAGUGUGAACAGUGUCCUUUUAAAGCUAUAAAAAAAUAUUCUUUGAAAACUCACAUAGACAACUUACACUUGAAUGAAGAAGAGAUCAAAUGGCACCAGUGUAAUGAGUGUCCAUUUAAGGCGAAAAAUGCGUAUCGUUUAAAACGUCAUGUAAUUUCUAGACAUUUGAAUGAAGAAAAAAUCAAGUGGUACGAGUGCGAAUAUUGUCCACAUAAGACGAAACUCAAGACCUAUUUAACGUCUCAUAUGAAUAAAUGCCAUUUUGAAAAAACGAAAGUUGAAUGAUACAAAUGCGAUCAGUGUCUUUACAAAAAUAAAAUUUAAUCAUUUUUAUAAACACAAAGAAAACUACAUAAAGACAAUUCAAUUUUAAUUUUAAGUUUUUAUGUAAGUAAAAUAAAUGUUUUAUUUUCUA